CCGAGGGUUACUUCGUUUGCUACGAGAGGAGGUAAUGAAUGAAAGUGAUCCUCAGCAUAAUAAAUGAUCAAUUAACUACAAUGAGCUAACUACAAUGGUCACCACUUAAAGCAACCAAGGUUAGUUUUGUUACAUGGGAAAACUUAAGUAACUUUUCCCAACUAAAUGACAAGAUUACCGACUUAAUCUUGUUCUAAUUGAAGUAGUUAGCGUCCAAGUUCUUCUAAGUUCUAACCAUUGGUAUGUGGAUUGAUAUCUUGCCUAUAUCACUUCCCCUUUCGUCUUCUUAUGGGUGGUUGGACCCAAACAUCCUGUUGUCGAAUUUGGAAAGAUAGAUGCAAUGCAAGACUAUCUAUGGGUUUGCUUCAUUCCAGCCGCAAGUUUUGUGCAGGUAAUCGACAUCUCACAAGGACGGAUGGCGAAAUAGUCGAACAAAUCACUUUGUUUCAAUAACUUGAGUUGUUGGGAAAGGGUUGUUAAGUUUUUGUAUUUGGUCGGGGCGCGCAAUCAAUCCCAUCCUCCAUCUUCUUUGCUUGCACACAUUGGUCUAUAUAUGUUGGUUAUGGAGCAGAAGGAAGUUUGAAGUUCAUAACAGAGAAAAGAUCGAUCAAGGUGCGUUAUCAACGGGACAAAGCACUUACCUUCGAACUAAUUUGUUUGACUCUUUACAUCAGAUUGUGUUGGAACGUGGACUUUCACAGUUUCACAUGGGCAUGGCUAACCCCUAGAUGAGUCAUAAAUUAAGUUCAUAAUAAUAUAUUUAUGGUUUGAGAUGUGUGAAAUUUAGUAAUAAAUUGUUGUUAGAAUCAUACCUAGACUUUUGUCUCUUGCACAAAAGUCUUCUGUGUCAAGCCAACUUAGAAUUAAUCGAAUUUUGAUCACGGGUGAAACACUUCCUAAUCCGUAAAUUAUUCAUCGAAAACAACACUUCAUAAGCGAGAAGGAGGCAUGUAAGCGUCUUUUUCUUUUGUCGCUUUUGAUAAUGCUAGCUCAAGGAAGAUGCACACAACAUAUAUAGAGUUGAAGUUGGUCUAAGGCUAUAACCAAGGUUUUUAGACUCAACUCAAUCCGACACACACCUAAGUCAAAAAUGAAUUUCCAACCGAAGCGUAUUCUAAUGACCGAGCGUAGAGCAAUGACUGUUGACUCUAAAUGAUCGAAUUACAAUAAUUCGACCAAUCUACUAGAGUUUUUUUUUUCCCACCAAUCUACCAGAGUUUAGACACUUUGAUAAUCCACUUGUUUAUUUAGUAGUAGCAUAGGAACUUGAUUGAAUGACAUUAAAGUUCAGGGACUUAUACGACCAAUACAAAAGAUUUCAGGGGCUUUCAUGACCUUGUCCUCUAAAACGGAAUAAAAAAGGGACAUUAAGGUCGGGGCUCAGGCCGUCAGGCGUCCUCUAUCUCAUGGCCACCUGUAUGUACGUCCUACUCGUCGCUGUCGUUUCGGUUCUCUCUCUACUAUGAAUUCUCCUUCGCAGUCUCCUUUUAAAUUAUUCCUUUUUUUUUUUUCUUCCUUUCUUUUCAAAAACUCAAUUUCGUGAAAGUUUUCUUCUCUGCUUCUUCUUCUUCUUAAACAAAUAGAAGCACUCACACAUCUCCCACAGCACACGCGUCCAGUCCAGGCCAGCCAGUUUCUGAAUUUCCCACUGCAACAAAUCCCGGAAAAUCGCCGUUUCACUUUCCCAGCUUCCAAACACCCUACUACCUACAUUGCCUCCCCCAACCAGAUGUCCGCGAGUUCGAGUGACCGGCGAGAGGUGCUCCUCAAGAUGAACGGCGGCGGUGCUUCCCCCAACGGAACUCCUCCUCGUCCUCCUGCUCCGGCCCCGUCCGGGAAUAUAUGGAGAGAAUCUAGCUACGAUUUUCUGGAAGGAGUGGAUAGAGAUAGGAAGAAGGAGCAGCAUUCUGAGGGUCACGACGCCGGGAGCGGGAGCUACAGAUUCGAUUUCAAUCCGGCUCAGAGAAGCAGCAGUCCUGGGGAGAAUGGGAAAGCAAUUCCGGAGGAGGAUCCGACGUCGAAGCUCAUUGGACAGUUUCUGCACAAGCAGCAGGCGUCCGGGGAGUUCUGUUUGGAUAUGGACCUGGAGAUGGCGGAGCUUCAGAACGGGAACAACAACGACGGGUUGCAUCACCUCCGGCAUCUUGCUCCGGUUUCCGAGUCGCCUGUGGCGGUUCACCAGCGAGUCUCUUUCGAGUCCAGCGAGUCGAUAAGGAGGAGGCAGGCGAGCAGAUUCAAGGAGUCCCCCGGGAUUCAAUCGAACGCUGGGAGCCCUGCUGCUGGUGAUGGUGGAGGCGAGGUUUUGAAGUGCAGUUCCAGAGAAGGCGUUGGUUCGUUUUCCAGUCAAUCGUCGUUUAAGAGGAAGUCCAAUUUGUUCAAGGAGAAGACUAAGUCCAGGUUGAUGGAUCCACCGCAGCAGCAGCAGCCGAACUCGCAGCCGGAGAAAUCAGGAAGGAUGCCCGCUGCGAAGUCAGGGCAGUUGAAAUCUGGAUAUGUAGGGAGAAGCAAUCACAUCGACGAAGAGGAAGACGAUCCGUUGCUGGAGGAAGAUUUGCCUGAAGGAUUGAAGGAAAAACUCGGCAUCUGGACUAUCCUUGAAUGGGUGAGCUUAAUCUUACUCAUUGCUGCUCUAGUUUGUUCCCUCACCAUUCGGCUACUUAAGCAGAAGCACCUGUGGAACCUUCCUCUGUGGAAAUGGGAAGUAAUGGUUUUAGUACUCAUCUGCGGGAGGUUAGUUUCAGGAUGGGUGAUUAGGUUCAUAGUGUUCUUCAUUGAGAGAAACUUUCUGCUGCGUAAACGAGUUCUCUAUUUCGUCUAUGGAGUCAAGAAGCCUGUGCAGAACUCUCUAUGGCUAGGGCUUGUCUUGAUAGCUUGGCAUUUCCUAUUUGAUAAGAAAGUUGAGAAGGAAACUGGAAGCAGGUUUCUUCGAUAUGUGACCAAAGUUCUACUGUGCUUAGUGGUGGGAACUUUGAUAUGGCUGGUGAAGACCCUCAUAGUUAAGGUCCUGGCUUCCUCUUUCCAUAUGAGCACUUACUUCGAUCGGAUUCAGGAGUCGUUGUUCAACCAAUAUGUAAUUGAGACUCUCUCCGGUCCUCCAUUGAUUGAAAUCCAAAGGAAUGAAGAGGAAGAAGGAAGACUUUUGUCAGAGGUGCAGAAGUUACAGAAUGCUGGUGUUGAUGUGCCACCGGCUCUUAAGGCUGCAACAUUUCCAUCACCUCAGCCAAGCAAGGUGAUUGGGAGUGGGCGGCUUCAGAAGAGCCCAAGAGUCGGUACUCCCAGGGGUGCUUCUGGUACUUUUGCUAAUACAUAUAAGGAGGGUGAUGAUGGGAUAACGAUUGAUCACUUGCAUAAGUUGAAUCAUCAGAAUGUCUCUGCCUGGAAUAUGAAGAGGCUGAUGAACAUAAUCAGACAUGGGGCUUUGUCGACUCUGGACGAGCAGAUAAAGGAUUCGAUCCAUGAUGAUGAUGAAUCGACCACGAAGAUUCGAAGUGAAUAUGAAGCUAAAGCUGCUGCUAGGAAAAUAUUUCAGAAUGUGGCCAAGCCUGGUUCUAGAUUUAUCUACUUUGAGGAUCUUUUGCGCUUUAUGCAAGAAGAUGAGGCUACGAAGGCCAUGAGUCUCUAUGAAGGAGCUGCAGAAACUCAGAAGAUCAGCAAGUCAUGCUUGAAGAACUGGGUGGUCAAUGCUUUUAGAGAAAGAAGAGCGCUGGCUUUGACCCUCAACGACACGAAAACAGCAGUGAACAAAUUGCACCGGAUGGUGAACGUUCUCGUCGCGAUCCUGAUCAUCGUCAUAUGGCUUCUCAUGCUGGGAAUCGCCACGACUAAAUUUCUGCUUUUCAUGAGCUCCCAACUUGUUCUGGUAGCAUUCGUCUUCGGCAACACCUGCAAAACGGUUUUUGAAGCUAUCGUGUUCUUGUUUGUGAUGCACCCGUUUGAUGUAGGGGAUCGGUGUGAGAUUGAUGGAGUACAGAUGGUCGUGGAGGAGAUGAACAUUCUGACCACCAUUUUCCUGAGGUACGAUAACCAGAAGAUCAUCAUCCCGAAUAGCGUCCUUGCCACGAAAGCCAUCGGUAACUACUACCGCAGUCCGGACAUGGGCGAUGGAAUCGACUUCUUCAUUCAUGUGGCUACUCCAGCUGAGAAGAUUGCUGCAGUUAGGCAAAGGAUCAACGCAUAUGUGGACAACAAGAAAGAGCAUUGGUAUCCAUCUCCGAUGGUCGUACUCAGGGAAGCUGAGGAUUUGAACAAAGUCCGGAUUUCGGUGUGGCCCUGCCACAGGAUCAACCACCAAGACAUGGGGGAGAGGUUCGUUAGGAGAUCGCUGCUGAUCGAAGAAAUGGUCAGAAUUUUCAAGGAGCUGGACAUGCAGUUCCGGUUGCUGCCCGUGGAUGUCAACGUCCGGGCGGUGCCGCCAGUAUCGACGGAACGCGUUCCGCCGAGUUGGGCACUUGUUUGAGUGAGUGGAAGUAGAUAUAGAAUUCUCGAAAUGAACAUUUUGGAGAGAGACCCUGGGUUACUUACGGCAUGUAGAAGGUAACUAAUAAUAGGUAAUAAGCUCCUGUUUGUAGAUGAUUACAUAGUUUAAUGGUGGUGUAUUUGCGAUGUUCUGCAUAUGGGGUGGCUAACUGGUUUCGGUGGUGGCUCUGGUUAAUGGAUUGGCCCAACCCUGUUUAAUAUAAUAACCCUUCAGGUACGGAUGAUGAUCGGUCAUUUUGUUCUGUAAUCAAUGUGGUAGCGGUUCUUGGUUAAAGUACUGAUAAUUGUGGACUUGUGGUUAAAUUAUCAGCAAGCCAGGGUUCUUGGUGUUUUUUUAUUUUUUUUGAAUUGAUGGCUAUAUUGUUGGAAUCAAAUUUAAACUUGCUU